AUGUUUGUAGACAUGGACCCUACUACACCAACUGCCACCCCUACUGUCCUGCUGGAUCAGCAGUUACAAGCAGAACUAGCUCAAUACGUACAGACCUCCAUCCAGGAGGCCUUUGCCAACCAUGUGCCCCCAGCCCCUUUGGAACCCGUUCUGAUCGUUCUGGAAGUCACAACCUGUUCCAGAAAGAAAGUGCAUGUAGCCUGCCCUUUGGACUUCAAUGGGCAGCACUUCAAGGACUUCCAGUGCCAAGUCGAACUAUACAUGGCUGCUGCUUUGACUGAUCUAUCCUCAGAUCUCAAUUGUGUCCUAUUCGUCCUCUCCUUCAUGAAGGAAGGCAAUGCAGCCACCUGGGCCCAGAACUGGAUUGAAGGUCAUCAGAUUGGAAGCCUGAUCCAACUUCAGAACAACGAGUCGUACUUGGAAUUCAUGGGGCAGCUCUGUGCUUCCUUCAUCAAUCUGAAUGAGAAGCACAAUGUGCAGAACAAGCUUGUGUCUCUGUGA